GGGCGCGCGCACGUCCUUACGCACGCCUCGGCCAGCGGCGGCAACGAGGGCGGGAGGGACGGUCCGCGGAAGGAUUUGGCGUUUUGGUGCCUCGCGGUCGCCAGUGUCUCUUUGAUGUUUACAGCCCGUUUCAGUUUGGACUGCCACGUCUCAGGCACUCAGGAGUGGCGUGCGCUUUGGCAGCAUGUAAGCAGCUUCCUGCCAAGAACCCAGGUCACCACGGCAAAGGGGGCCUUAGGGAGAAGAGUCUCCAGAGGACGCCCAUGCCCGCGGCAUCUGGAGUUACACUCAACCGCAGGCGGCAUGAGACAUUUGGUGCCCAUGUCCAUGUCCUGGCAGAGCCUGUAACUCCAGGAGAGGGUCCUGGGAGCAGCGCCAGGAGCCUCGAGAGGGAGAUAGGGCCAGAUGUGAACUCUCUGCAAUGAACGCGAUCUUCAGCUUGGGAAGGAGUUUUAAGUAAAGCAGUUAUUUAAUUUCCACAUAUGCAAGUUCACUAGCCUUCUGUGGGAAGUGCCAGCCGUUACCCCCUCCACAGGCAUUAUCAGGACUUUUCUGGCACCACUUUGAACUCUUCUCGGUACUUCUGGCAAUGACCGGUCUUCGUCAGGACAGAUUUAUCUGCUAAAUGCUCUUGGGCAGGAGAAACAGGAAAACUUCUGGAAGCAGCACAAGGGGAGCUGAGCCCAGAUCGAACCCUGUCAGCUCCCGCGCUCGGACGCUCUGUCUGGACUUGGAUGCUGGCGGUGAAGACUGAUCCUACCCUGUCCACCUCCGAGCCCAUCUCAGUGGGGAGAGCCCCCCUGCCCGGGCUGCCUCGGUGGCCUCUUUUGUGGUCAUCCCACGCCCCCGAGCCCUGGGCUCUGGCCGUCGAGUGAUGUGAAUUUGGGAAUGGAGGUGGAGCCCCUCCCCAGGCUGCUGCUGUCAGGGAGGACCAUCCCCAUCUGAGGCCGUGCCCUGCUCGCCAGGAGGUGGGCGCCGGCCUGGCCUGCAUCCUCCACCAUGUUCCUGCUGCUGCCUUUUGACAGCCUGAUUGUCAACCUCCUGGGCAUCUCCCUGACUGUGCUCUUCACCCUCCUCCUCAUUUUCAUCAUCGUCCCCGCCAUCUUCGGCGUCUCCUUCGGCAUCCGGAAGCUCUACAUGAAAACCUUGUUGAAGAUCUUUGCGAUACUGAAACUCAAAGCUACUCCUGGGUGGGCUACCCUGAGGAUGGAGAGAGGAGCCAAGGAGAAGAACCACCAGCUUUACAAACCCUACACCAAUGGAAUCAUCGCAAAAGAUCCCACGUCGCUGGAGGAAGAGAUCAAAGAAGUCCGCCGGAGCGGGAGCAGCAAGGCCCUGGACAGCACUCCCGAGUUUGAGCUCUCGGACAUCUUCUACUUUUGCCGCAAAGGAAUGGAGACCAUUAUGGACGAUGAGGUGACAAAGAGAUUCUCGGCAGAGGAGCUGGAGUCCUGGAACCUGCUGAGCAGGACCAACUAUAACUUCCAGUACAUUAGCCUCCGGCUCACCGUGCUGUGGGGGCUGGGCGUGCUGAUCCGCUACUGCUUUCUUCUGCCCCUCAGGAUAGCGCUUGCUUUCACGGGGAUUAGCCUCCUGGUGGUGGGCACAACCGUGGUGGGGUACCUGCCGAAUGGGAGGUUCAAGGAGUUCCUGAGUAAACACGUUCACCUGAUGUGCUAUCGGAUCUGCGUGCGAGCCCUGACGGCCAUCAUCACCUACCACGACAGGAAGAACAGGCCUAGAAACGGCGGCAUCUGCGUGGCCAACCACACUUCUCCCAUCGACGUCAUCAUCUUGGCCAGCGAUGGCUAUUACGCCAUGGUGGGGCAGGUGCACGGCGGGCUCAUGGGCGUGAUUCAGAGGGCCAUGGUCAAGGCCUGUCCCCACGUCUGGUUCGAGCGCUCGGAGGUGAAGGAUCGCCACCUGGUGGCCAAAAGGCUGACGGAGCACGUGCAGGAUAAAAGCAAGCUGCCCAUCCUUAUCUUCCCAGAGGGAACCUGCAUCAAUAAUACAUCAGUGAUGAUGUUCAAAAAGGGAAGUUUUGAGAUUGGAGCCACCGUUUACCCUGUUGCGAUCAAGUAUGACCCUCAGUUUGGGGACGCCUUCUGGAACAGCAGCAAGUACGGGAUGGUGACGUACCUGCUGAGGAUGAUGACCAGCUGGGCCAUCGUCUGCAGCGUCUGGUACCUGCCCCCCAUGACCAGAGAGGCGGAGGAAGAUGCUGUCCAGUUCGCCAACAGAGUGAAAUCUGCCAUUGCCAGACAGGGAGGGCUCGUGGACCUGCUGUGGGAUGGUGGUCUGAAGCGGGAAAAGGUGAAGGACACAUUCAAGGAGGAGCAGCAGAAGCUGUACAGCAAGAUGAUUGUCGGCAACCACGAGGACAGGAGCCGGUCCUGAGCAUGCGCCCCGCCGGCCGCAGCUGCCUCGCUGCCGCUGCCUCCCCAGUUGCGGGCUCCUCGGGCUGCUCUGCAUUGGGGGCUCCAGCGUCUUCGAAGCUUCCUGGGCUCCCGGGGCUGCCUUCUGAGGGGGAUGAGACACCUCCUUGUUUCUUUUCUGCUAAGCCCGUUGGAGGAAUGCCAUUAAAGCCCUCUGCACCGCGCAGUGCACCUGCAUGCUGCGCUCAGGACUCGCUGUGUCUGUCCCUGAGGCCUGCGUGUGUGGGAACCUGGCUGGGGAAGGGUGGCCCUGAGGGGCCCUGCAGACUCCAUAAAAAAAAAAAAAACUGUCGUAUGCAGGAGCUCUCGGCAGAACGAAGCUCUGCGAUCCUGAGCCCCUGCCCGGCAGCCACUCAAGGGGAUAAGGGGACAGGGGCAGGCGGGCCAUGUGGACUGUGGGAACCUGUGGAUUCCCUCGCCCAGAGCACCUGGACCCGCUCUCUGUCGCUCGCGCCUCGGCUUCCCUGUCUGUCACCUGGGUCGGGAGGGGAGGGUGGUGAAACCUACCUCACAGGGUUGUUGUGGGGGUUCAAGUGCUACCGCGGGGCAAGGACGGUUCAGCUCAGUGUCACCGUAUGGAUCCGUGAGUGCGGCGGGAGGAGGGCUGAGCUCGAAGCCACUCACGGGGCUUCAGAUUUGUUUUUGUGGGUAAAUAAAAUUGUCUUUGAUGGUGACUGAA